GGCGGCCCGGAGUGGGCGGGGCGCUUGCAGGUCCCUCCCCGCGCAGGUGCUCGCCCCGCCCCCGGGGCCGCGCCCACAGCCCCGGCUGCCCUGGAGAAGCCUGGAUUGAGAACCCUGUCUGCAGUGUCCCGGCAGUGCCGAACUCGGGUAGCCGCCCGUCCCGCCCCCGCGCCACCGCCUUAUAUGUUGCCUGCCGCGGCCUCUGGGGCAUGGAGCACGCUACCCAGCCCCGGCGAUGGCGACGGCGGUGGCGGAGGAGCUCCUGCUGGCCGAGGAGCGCAUGCUGGCCGCGCUCGCCUACCUGCAGUGCGCCGUGGGCUGCGCGGUCUUAGCGCGGAAUCGUGAGACGAACUUGGCGUACGGCCGCCACGCGUCGCCCAGCUUUAGGGUCCGAGUGCCGGCGCGGGCCGCCUGGGUGGUGCAGGAGCUGCCCUCGCUGGCUCUGCCGCUCUACCAGUACGCCAGCGAGUCCGCCCCGCGCCUCCGCAGCGCGCCCAACUGCAUCCUCCUGGCCAUGUUCCUCGUCCACUACGGGCAUCGGUGCUUAAUUUACCCAUUUCUGAUGCGAGGAGGAAAGCCUAUGCCACUGUUGGCGUGUACAAUGGCGAUUAUGUUCUGUACCUUUAACGGCUAUUUGCAAAGCAGAUACUUGAGCCAUUGGGCAGUGUAUGCUGAUGACUGGGUAACAGAUCCCCGUUUUCUAAUAGGUUUUGGCUUGUGGUUAACGGGUAUGUUGAUAAACAUCCAUUCAGAUCAUAUCCUAAGGAAUCUCAGAAAACCAGGAGACACUGGAUACAAAAUACCAAGGGGAGGCUUAUUUGAAUACGUAACUGCAGCCAACUAUUUUGGAGAAAUCAUGGAGUGGUGUGGCUAUGCCCUGGCCAGCUGGUCUGUCCAAGGCGCAGCUUUUGCUUUCUUCACAUUUUGUUUUUUAUCUGGUAGAGCAAAGGAGCAUCAUCAGUGGUACCUCCAGAAAUUUGAAGAGUAUCCAAAGUUCAGAAAAAUUCUAAUUCCAUUUUUGUUUUAAGUGCAUUUUCAACGAAAUUAUCUUCAAGUUGAAGCUUUCCAAUGGUGUUUCUCUAGGGACUUUGUAAAUAAGUUAUAUCUUUGUAAUUUUCCUGCUACUUCAUCAUUUUCAAGAUGUCCUCUAGAAAUAUUUUUUCUAGUAAUUUUGCAAGCUACCUAAUAAGUACUUAAAUAAACUGAAAUGGAGGUUGAAGUAUCCUACUGUGUAACAGAUCAGAAUUUCAAACUCCAGGUAAUAACUGCUGACAUUUGUUCUAAUUUCGAAUUUGCCUCUUUUGGCUAUGUCUUGCCAAGUGUGUCUAAGACUAGAGUUUACAACUGUCUUUGAUGGCAUUUUCAGAACAAUAAAUGUCACAAUCCCUUCUAUAGCCCCCUACAGUGAUCCCUUCAAGGUCAACAGCAGUGUUGCUUUCCCCCUGUAGGGCUGGGAUAUGUCUUGGAGCCCUCUCUCGGAGGCCACAGAGGCCGGGGGUAGCCAUUGUGCAGUCAUGGCCCAGGGGAAACUUGCCAACCUUCAUUGUCAGGUGCUGUGUGUAAGUGGAGAACUUGGGGAUAGAGGAGGAAGCUCCUUGUGGCUCUUCCAAGGCGGGGCAAAGGCAUCUGGACUUGUUCCAGCCCAGCCCCCCAGGUGACAUCACCAGGCAGGGAGGGGUGCUGGUGGUGGUUUAGACGGAGUAAGUUGCUUUGCCGUGCAAGUGGCUCCUGGGCCCUAAACAGGCACCUUUAGGCCAUGGGUCACUCACCAUGAGCCAUCAGUAUGCUCUGGUCUGACAUGGUUUCUCUUUGUCCUCUAGUCUAGACCUAGUUUUUCGUUCUGUUCUCCACGUAUGGAUAUAGUAGAGAUUAUUGUCUGUGAAAUUUCUCCUUUGUGGAUUUUGAGUUUUCCGUUGUAGUGUAAAGAAUGAUUACCUUCUGUAACAAUAAAAAGACCACUUUUUAAGAUUUAUCCUGUUCUUUGUCGAUUGAAACAUAAUAAUUAUAUUGUUAAGAUUCUCUACAGCCUUCUUUUUCUUCCAUAGCUAAUCUUCUUCUAAUUGUUUUUUGCUUUCUGUUUUGCUGUUGCUGCUUUGCAAAGCUUUUCCCUCAUAGCCUGUACCUGUUAUCAGUAUAAAAUAAUCUUCCUGUUGAAUGCUUCAUGACUUGAAUUCUACUUUGAUGAAAACAUUGCCAUACUGCUUUUUAUCUUGAUGAAUUCAUCUGGCAUUUCUUUGCUUUAUCGUCUCAUCUGGAGUUUUUAAAUGCCAUUUGUUUUAGUUGUCUUUAACAACAUAAUAAAUAGACUUUGCCAUUUAA